CUGCGAUGUGUUCUAUUUAUCGACUGAUACGAGAGGGCGCUAUACCUUUGCAAUGAGCCGUAGUAACUAAGGUGACGGUGCCUUUCUACGAGUGUUGUGGUAUAAAAACAGACCAAGAGCGUCAUUCGAUUUAAAGCCAGUGACAGAGAGUAUAUUCCAAAACUCCAGCUUAGAAUCAUCUUAAAAUUAGUGGUUUAAAGAAUCGGUUUGCAAAGUUGAAAUACAAAAUAUGGUGAAUAUUCUUGGCCUUGUUGGUGUAGGAGUUUCUGGACUCGCUCUUCUUUUUGCUAUACUGGCUACGUCAUUGGCAUACUGGGAAACUGCAAAAUUUAAUACAGUGUCUGCAGACGGAGGAGUAAUUGAUGUUCACGUUGGAAUAUGGAAAUCUUGUGCUGAAACAGACGGCAACAAAGUAUGCUAUGAUAUUGACACGGACAGAGUUAUAAUUCACGCUGAAAGUCUACUGGGUUACAAUACAGUGCGCACGACAAUAAUUCUUGGAAUAAUAUUUACCGCAAGCGCAAUCGUACCAGCGAUCUUAGUGAUGUUUGUUCUGCAAACCAAGAAAGUUCUAUAUUCUGUAGCGGCUGGUCUCAAUGUAGCUGCAGGUCUUUUCUUGAUGACUGCGAUGGCCGUGUUUGCUGGCGGAGUGGCUCAUGAUGGAUACGACUUCAACCUUGGUGCAUGUUUUGCAUUGGAUAUCAUUGCCUGGCUAGCAGCAUGGGUUGGCGGAGGACUUUUUGUAGGAGCUAAACUUACUGAAAAACAAUAAUACAGUAAUUCAGACAAAAGUCUGAAAUAUCUUGCAAACACUUCAUGUCUUAAAUUAUUUUAUAUUGUAGAGUUGCUUAUUAACUUCGUACUUUACUAGCACCACUUUGAAAUGGCUUACACUUUUUAUUACUCGUACUAUGUUUUAGUACACGUAUGUGUAUGGUAAAAAUUGUGACAGAAAAUCGAGAUUUAGAAAAAGUCAUUAUCUUAAUCCGUUUGGAGCUGCUUGACCAGUUAUGUGUUGACGAUUUAUCUUUUAUCAUUUCCUCAAGUGAAGAUGAAAAAUACUCGAAGAAAAUAUUGAACUGUGGGAUAUUGUGAUCGUUUACAUUUGAUGUCAUUUUGCAUAGACUGAUUGAUGUAUAUCGUGUAAAAAAGUAAACUAGAAGAGAUGACGUGACGUCAUUUAUUUGGAAAACGUAGAAUAAAGCCAAAAUUCGGCCAACAUUAUAAAGCAUAUGUUUAUUAACGACUGUGAGAAGUUUCAUUAAAAUCUACAUUGUAGAAAAAUUUCUAUUCGGGAAAAUGUUAUGAAAGUUUUGGUUUUCCCACAGACUCCCAUUAUGAAAGUCUGGAUGAGUUCCAAUUUUUUCAAAUCAGUCUAGCAAAAAAGCAAGUACGCGACCCUAUUCUUUUUAUAUGCCGAAUUUUCUAAGUAUAUUCUGAAGUUUAAGUCACUGGACAGCUCCUGUAUUUCAAUAUCUGUCAGUCAAUUUGGGUUUAAACGAAAACAUAAAGUUUUGUUAUGAAUAUGGUAUCUUCUUUGAAAUGAGGACGAAAGAUACGAAAUGCAUUUCAAUGCUGGGUUUUUCAUUUUCCUUUUUCAAAUUUCUUAUGUGUACCCUGAAUGUAAAACUCAAUUCUUCGUGUGUUUUUUUGCUUGAUGAUCUAUUUCUUUGUAUUUAAUCAUGUCUUUAAUAUUUAUUUGUGUACUUUGAUGAGACUUUAAUAAACCAUAAAACCUA